CGCAAGCUUCCAAGCUUCUCCGCGCCGCAAUGGCCCAGUCCGUCCUGGUCCUGGUAACAUGUCCGGGCGCGGGUUGGACUAUGAUGCACCUGGGCAGGGGACCUGGAGCCCGCCUUGCAUCCUUCUACCAAACCGCCCUUCACCCCCCAUAAUAACAUAACGCCCGUGGACAGGUAUCAGCAAGCUCUCUACCUACCCUCCCACCCUCAUCGCCGUCCGCAUGUCCGCGCAGGGCUAAUCGAGGGGCAUGGGACGCAACGCGCGGAAGCGUAUCUCGUACGUGCUGCCACUCGCCAACUCGGCCGGAGGACACAGGCUCGGAGUCAAUGGCUUGGCCGUCGACCCCCAGAACUCGAUCCUGUACUCGGGCGGACGUGAUGGCGUAAUAUGCGCAUGGGACCUGCAUCUCGACCUCGACAAGACCGACGCCGACGCCGACGACGACGACAGCGACCCUUUUGCUGACUCCAACGUCGUCGACUCCAAGCCCCCGCCAACCCAGUUCCGCAACCAGGUGCAGGCGCACACGCACUGGAUCAAUGACAUUGUCCUCGCCCAGAACAACGACGCCCUCGUCUCUGCCUCGUCCGACAUCACCGUAAAAGUGUGGCGACCUGCUGCCACGGACAAACUCCCGCCCCAGACAAUCGGCCUGCACACCGACUAUGUCAAGCGCGUCGCAUCGCCGGGCGGCAGCGAGAACUGGGUAGCCUCGGGCGGGCUGGACCGCAAGAUCAGCCUCUGGGAUCUCAAUGGCGCGGGCAAGAAGCUGGAAAUCGCAGUGGGCGAGGACGAGAAUACCGCAAAGGGCUCCGUCUAUGCCCUGGCAGCAACACCCAACCUCAUCGCAAGUGGCGGUCCUGAGAGCAUCGUCCGCGUAUGGGACGCGCGAUCGGGCAAGCGCAUCACCAAGUUUGUCGGACACACCGACAACGUACGCGACAUCCUUCUCGCGCACGACGGCGACACCAUCCUGACUGGCUCGUCCGACCAAACAGUCAAGGUCUGGUCCAUGACGGCAGGUCGCUGCAUGUACACACUGACCAUGCACAACGACAGCGUAUGGUCUCUGCAUUCAGACUCACCCGAACUCGACGUCUUCUACUCCUCAGAUCGCUCCGGCAUAGUCGCAAAGAGCGAUGUGCGCAACUGCGCCGAGAUGGACGAGGGACUUUCGCUAGCAGUAUGCCAGGAACACGAGGGUGUGAACAAGAUCGUCGCAGCUGGCGAUUACAUCUGGACUGCCACGUCCAGCUCGAGCAUCAACCGAUGGAACGACGUCGAAACCGCGGCUGAGGUUGAGCUUCCCGAAUCGCACAGGUGGCAGAGAAACAGCGUGUCGACUAUGCAAUCGCGGAUUCCCUCGCCUCCUGCUGGUAGCCCUCCAAAGAACGAAGCGGCAUCCAAGAUACCGCUCAAGUCUCUACUGCGCAUGUCCAACACCGCACCCUUCCCGCGAGCGCUUGCGACCAAGGACCCCGACGCAUCCACUCUAGCCAGCGCGCGCAAACCAUCCGAGGUACUGGCAGCCCCAGAGCAUAAUGCCAUUGGAACUGUUCGGGCUCUGCCAGACUUUACAAUCGAAGGGCAGAAUGGUCUCAUCAAGCACCACCUCCUCAACGACCGGCGAAGAGUCCUUACACUUGAUACUGCGGGAGAAGUGGUUUUGUGGGAUCUACUGCAAUGUGCACCCAUCAAAUCCUACGGCAAAAAGCAUAUGGAAGAUGUACUACCGGAGGUUAACACCCAGGACAGCGUUGCACACUGGUGCGCCGUCGACACAAGGAUAGGAACCUUGACAUGUAUGCUCGAGGAGAACUACUGCUUUGAUGCCGAGACAUACGCAGACGAGUUGGACCUAGAGGAGCAGAUUGAGUUCCGAGAAGACCAUCGCAUAAAUCUUGGCAAGUGGAUCUUACGCUAUCUCUUCUCCAAUCUCAUCGACGAGGAGAUCAAGCGCGAUGAGGUCCUGCGUGCAGAUUUGCUCAAGCAGAAGGAGGAACAGCCGCAGCCCAAUCGCCCAACUAACAUCGAGCUGCCAAACAUGAACAUAAACGGAUGGAAGGAUGCAACUUCAGGACCUACUUCGGGUUCGACUAUCAAGGCCGAGAACGGAUUGCGUCUGCCGCACACACCAGGUUUGGCUAUCGGUCUAGCUACGCCAAUGGCAGCACCAAUGAGUGCGGGACGCAACUCUACCACCAACCCUCUGACUCCAACCAAAGAAGAAGGCUCGCAACUAGAGAAGACACAGACCCAGCGGAGCUCGACUCAAGAAGGUGGCGACUAUUUUGGUUCCGCUUCUGCUACCAACGGAAACGGAAACGGAAAGUCCGCAGAGGCUACCAAGGAAGGCUCCACAGAUUCAAAAGAAGAAACCGUACAAUCACCUACCGAGGCCGACACGCCAGCGAAAAAGGGCAAAGGCAUGUUUGGUAAGAAGUUCAACAUGGGCUUCAGCAUGAAGAAGUUCAGCACUGGCACAGCCGUCCCUGAGCCUGCCAAGCCCGCUGUUGACGAAAAGGCCGAAGACAGCGAUUCGCGAUCUACCAAGACAAACGAGAAGACCAUCGAAGAUAACUUCUACGGAGCUCUUCAACGGAUACAGCAGGGCUAUGAGGAGCAACUUGCAGCCGGCGCGACAAAGUUGGAUACGCAGAUUGCGCCCAGUUUGCCCAACGAAACACCUGUACUAAAGCCACCUGCCAUGACUACCAUUUUGAUCCAGGAAGAUCGUCCAGACUCUGGCGGUGUGGCUGAUCUCUUCGAGGGUAAAGUCGGCACCUUGGGUUCGCAGGCUGACCUCAUCGAGAAAGCGGCACCAAUGUGGUUGGCCGAAGUCUUGCUACGGAACCAACUCCCACCCAAGGACAUAGUCAAAGUAUCCUUCGUCCUCGAACCCUUUGGCAACGCACUGCCGUCCAUUUCUUCCGACGGCAACAACCGUCUCAACGCAAACCGCAUGCUGCGUGCGCGCAAGAUAUUGGGUUACGUGGCUGAGCGCAUUGAACCUGCGCCCACCAAGGAGGAUCUGGAAAAGCAGGCCGAGACAGGUGGUGUGCUGAAGCCUGAUGAGUAUCUGGAGCUGUAUUGUAAUGGACAGUUGAUUCCUCCAACGAUGACGCUUGCUAGUAUCCGCGCACACGUCUGGCGCGGUGGCGGUGACGUACUUCUUCUUUACAAGGCCAACGGCCGCAAAGAGAUCAGACACGCUCCUUAUCCUGGUCCGCAAUCUGGUGCCCCGCCCGGUCCUAUACAUGGAUUGAAGGUUGGCGCUGGCUUGAACUCGGGACCGGGUAGUAGUAAUGCAAGUGAGGGAAAGCAGAGCAGCGAGGCGGAUAGGAGUACCAAGGAUGCUGCCAUGUUUGGACCUUGAGGAGUGUUGGGGCUGGGUCGGGUUGGAUAGAUGGAAGGAGAAAAGGCGGCUAGAAUGCGGCCAAGUUGUGGACGUUAGAUAUUAUUCUUGGUUCAGAGUCAGAGUUUUGAAUAGUGUACAUAGCAUACCUGCUUGCCAGUAGACUCAUACACGAGUCGGUGGGCUCGGCCUCAUGGGCCCAAGCAAGAUGGAGUCGAUACCAUAUGCAGUCAUGGACGU